CUAACACUUCGGUAGCAACCCCCAAGAAAUCUUCGAUUCUGAUUCAGCCAUGCCCAGCGGACACGAUCAUGAAAGGAGCCUUCGGGCUUGCUGUGCAGCUGCCUGGCGCUUAUUUGGCUUCACACCAGCCGUGACGAUGUCUUUGAUCCUUGGCAUUUCUGCCAGUACGGUGUACCACGGUUGGAUCAUGCCGGUCGGUUUCUGGCAGCAUGGGAAGAAGGAAUUAUUUUUCUUCUGUGUGGAGGUUCUUUGUGUGCUUGCAAGCUGCCCAGUGAAAGAAGGGAUGCUACCAAAUGUGGGCCGAACUGCCCUUGUACUAGAAAAACGAAGGCAAAGUACAAGAUUAAGAAACACAUAUAUACUUCUUAAAUUGGAGUGCAGUUUUGCCACAGUCAAAGAACUUCAAGAUAUUGUGCGGUCUCACGACCCGCGGUUCCAGAUUAGCUACCUUACAGCAGUCCUUCGUGGUCCAGGCCAGUCUUCGACGAGCCCGUUUUCAGAUUUCUGUUUGUGUCAUUUUUGUCUCGCAGGAUUUGUGCCCCUUGGGUGGAAACCUUCUGAGCAGGAGCUGUCAAACCUUCUCCAAGCCUCAGAUCUAGAGGGCGUGCCAUUGAAAAUCAAAGAAAUCCCAGUGAAUGAUUUGCUUCAGUGGUGUGCUCACUGUCAAGGUUUUAAGCCGCCCAGAGCACAUCACUGCUCCAGUUGUCGUCGAUGUGUGCUAAGUAUGGACCAUCACUGUCCGUGGACCAAUACAUGUGUUGGCCAGAUUAACCUGAAGCCCUUCGUCCAGUUUGUGCACUUUGUGCCCGUGGCAACGUUUCACAGCUUCGUGGUCCACUCAGAGCUCCUUGUUUUGCUUGCCUUCGCAUGGCAAAGGGCCAAGAGGCGGACGGAUUUCAUCAGGGCAGUGAUGCAGUUGCACAUUGUGCUAGGCCUGGUUGCAUGGUUCGCCGCCUUGGCAGUGAUGCUGCUAGUAGGAACUCUCGCGUGGGAGAUGCAGCACACAGUGCGCAGCAACAUGACAAUGAUUGAGGAGUACGUGGUAGAGAAGGCAGAGGUCCGUCGACGAAGAAAUGGCGAAAAGAAAUUUGUUUUUCCAUACGACCUGGGGAAGAAAGGCAACAGCGCUGCAGUGCUCGGCUCCUCUUCCUUCUCUUGGCUGCUACCUGGAGGAGCUACGCCAGGACCACCUGUGUGGCCCAAUGUGCGCGCAGGUUCCAGCCACUUUGACAUAAGUAUGGAGCAGAUCGCCCAAAAGACCGAGAAGUUGCAAAGGAGUGUGGUCAUGCCUGUGCGGCAGGCCUUCUCAGGAGAAGGGUGGUGUUGCUGCACAUACUGGUGUUGGGUGGGGUUCCAAUUUGGCUGUGCAGUAUGUGAUUGCGAGGCGUGUGGAGAGGCAAGGCUCACAGUGGCAGUUGGCCAAGCUGUGCUGGUCUCGAAAUCAGAGGGCAGCUGGGCACAUGGUCGCCUGAGCAAUGGUUCUGGAGACAGCUUCGGGAACCAAACCUUGCCAGGAGGCUGGUUGCCCCGGCACUGCCUCAACGAGCGCGGUGUCCAACCGUACCAGAUACCUUUCCAGAAGGAACUUCAAGGGCGCUGGGAGGCUGACACGACGAUUGUGGUCAAAGGGCUGUUGGUGCACACAACAGCUUCAAGUUUGCCUUUCGUGCUGAGAGAAGAAGAUGGCAAAGUGCGCUUGCUCGGGUUUUCAUUGGAGUCCUGUGAUGGCAAGGUGGCACGCUGGUCCAAUGGACAAGAGUGGAACAAACAGGAGGGGGAUGAAGUUCGUGGUGGCGAGUGGCACCCGGAGGACGAGGACUUGCCCGACCUUGCAGCCUUGGAGCCACGCGAGGAUGUCAAAAAAGACGCCUAGAUUCAAUGUGGAACAGUGAGGAUGGUCCAACCACAAUGGCCAAAUCCCAGUCACAAAGAUUGGCAGGGAAAAAGGUGCCAAGAUGGUGGGGACAGCGCAACCUGCGCA